AUGGCGCCCCCUCCUGGUGUUUCACAUGAUUCUAGGCGUAUCAUUCUGUCUUUAUAUGUUGAUGACAUGAUUAUUACUGGUGAUGAUAUUGAUGGUAUUUCAGUUUUGAAAACAGAGUUAGCUCAAUUGUUUGAAAUGAAGGAUUUGGGUUCUCUACGAUAUUUCUUGGGUAUUGAGAUCCUACUUUAUACCGUACUGUUGUUGGGAGUUGUUAUAUCUCACUAUUACUCGUCCAAUAUUGCAUAUGCUAUUCAUGUUGUUAGUCGUUUGUUGCUUCUCCUACUACAGUUCAUUGGGCAGCUGUUCUUCGUAUUUUGCUUAUCUUCGGGGUACAUCUUUAGAGUCUUUACUUCAUCCACCUCUUCCUUGGAGCUACGUGCAUACUCUGAUGCUGAUCAUGGCAGUGAUCCCACGGAUCGCAAGUCUGUUACUGGUUUCUGUAUCUUUGGGUGA